AUGGGCGAUAAGUGGGAUCAUCUGGUUUGUGCUCUUUUGGUUUCGGAGGUGUUCUUUGGGGAUCCUGAAGGAAGGGAAAUGAUCGAUUGUUCUAGGGUGCCUGAGAAGAGAUGGAAAGGUAAAUGUUAUGUUUGUAAAACUAGGAAGGGAUGUGCUAUUGAGUGCUCGGAGUCCAAAUGUGGCUUGGAGUUUCAUGUCACUUGUGGAUUGAAUGAAGACCUCUGCAUUGAAUAUACAGAGGGAAAGAAGGGUGCUGUUGUGGCAGGGUUUUGCAACCCCCACACUGAGUUGUGGAAAAAGCAACAACAGACAGGGAAGUUCAAGAUUGUAGCAAGAGAUUAUUAG